AUUUUAUCUCUUAAUAUAAAACGGAGUUAACUUUCUGAACGGUACUUUGGUUUGCCAAAACAGAUAUCAAGUGGAUUGAAAUCAAAGAUUAUAUUGAAGUGCAUUUGCAUUUCAUGAGCUGAAAAGAACAACCCAUUCUUGGAUUCUGAAUACCAAGGUCAAGGUCAGAUUUUUUUAGAAGACUAUAAACUGGUGUUAAUAUAAAAUUUUGGCAUAUAAACCAGAUAAGGGGGCUAUUAAGUUAGGUCCUCUCUUUGGCUCAAAGAGAGAGACCUUAUGAAGAAUUGUGAUAUUUGGGUUUGAACACUUUGAUUCUCUUCAAGUGCAUUUGGUGUUGGCAUUGGAAAGGGGGCGUUUUAGGAUAUGAGCUCGGUUUGUGGGGACGAGGGGUGCCCUCCCCAAUGGAAUGACCAGGGUUCAAGUGCACAUGAAGAGAAGAUAUAUGUUUCCAUCAGGGUUAGGCCUCUGAAUGACAGAGAGAAUUCGAGGAAUGAUGUCGCGGAUUGGGAAUGCAUUGAUAGUACCACCAUUUUGUUCAAGAAUGCUCAAGGGGAACGUUCCAACCUCCCAGCAGCCUACCAAUUUGAUAGAGUAUUUGGGCAAGAAUGCUCCACGAGAGAGGUGUAUGAUGAGGCUGCCAAAAGAGUUGUUCUUUCAGUUCUAAGCGGCAUGAAUGCGAGUAUUUUUGCGUAUGGACAGACGAGUAGCGGGAAGACAUAUACCAUGUCUGCUAUUACUGCCUAUGCGAUGCAAGAUAUAUUUGAGUAUAUAGAAAAGUGUAGUGACAGAAAAUUCAUGCUGAAAUUCUCCGCUAUAGAGAUCUAUAAUGAAGUGGUGAGAGACCUCCUUAGCACAGAUAAUACUCCACUCAGACUCCUUGACGAUCCAGAGAGAGGAACUGUUGUUGAGAAACUUUCAGAAGUGAUGCCGAGGGACCAGAGCCAUCUAAGUGAACUCUUGUCUAUCUGUGAAGCUCAAAGACAAAUAGGAGAGACAACUCUGAACGGAAUGAGCUCCAGAUCUCAUCAGAUUUUGCGGUUGACGAUUGAAAGUUCUACAACCCAAUAUUCUCAUCCUCGAAACAAUAGCACUCUAUCAGCUGCAGUGAAUUUUAUUGAUCUUGCGGGGAGCGAGCGUGCUUCACAAACAUUAUCAGCUGGUACGAGACUAAAAGAAGGUUGUCACAUAAACCGUAGCUUGCUGACUCUUGGAACUGUUAUUCGUAAACUGAGCAAAGGAAGAAAUGGGCACAUCCCUUAUAGAGACUCGAAGCUAACUCGGAUACUACAACACUCGUUAGGAGGCAAUGCUAGAACCGCCAUCAUUUGUACAAUGAGCCCGGCACAUAGCCACGUUGAGCAGUCGAGAAACACUCUCUUGUUUGCUACGUGUGCUAAACAGGUGGCGACGAAAGCACAGGUGAACGUGGUGAUGUCCGAUAAAGCGUUAGUGAAACAGCUGCAGAAAGAAUUGGCGAAACUGGAAAGUGAACUGAGGGCACUAAGAUCGCGUUCUGUAGAUGAAACUUCAUCUUUAGUACUCAAGGAGAAGGAAGCUCUGAUUGAAAAGAUGGAGAAAGAAAUGAGGGAUUUGAUGAUGCAACGCGACAUGUCUCAAUCUCAGGUUCAGAAUCUGUUACGUUCAAGACCAUGGGCGGAGAUGAGUUGCUAUUCAGACACCUCGGAGUACCCAGCAUCUGAAGUUUCUUCGGCCACGCCUUUUCAGAUGGAUGCUGUAGUAGCCAGAAUGUCGAGUUUUUCUGACAGAUUUGAAGCUGUUACUGAGGGUUAUGAUGACUCGUUUCUCUCGGAUGGCACCUCCCCGAGGCACUUCAUUGACAAGUAUUUUGGACCGGACCCGUCCAAGGACUGGCACAUUGCCACUCAUAAAUCUUCUCACAGUUUUGGCCAAGAACUUCAACGUGUCGAAAUGGAAUCCACUGCAGGAAGCCUAGACUUCACCGAGGCCUCCUUUGACUAUGGAGAUUAUCAACCUGAUUUUGAAGCCAUGGGAUACUCUCCUUUUUCUGAGACUGGUAUCUCGGGCUCGAGUAAUAUAUCAAAGCUCAGAAGCUGUAAGUCUUUGCUGGCCACGGUUCAUGGAAAGCACGAAAAUGGGCAGGCAACACGAAGGCUUGGAAAACAGUUCUCGGGGAAACUGAAAGGUUUUGAUCAUAAGAAGGUUACUCGUUCUCGAGGUACAUCUGACAGUGGCAUGGUCUUGGAUUCGGGAUUCAUCCGUGCUGCCAACGAUGAAUCCUCGAAUGUUAAGGGACACAACAUUAAGGUAUCUAUGGACGCGGGAUUCAACAAUCCUGCUGCCAAUAAUGAAUCCUUCAAUGCUAAGGGACACAAUGUUAUGGUAUCCAUGAACAUAGGAUUCAAUUCUGCUGCCAAAGAUGAGUCCUCCUCGGAUGUUAAGGGACACAAUGUUAAGGUUUCCAUGGAUACCGGGUUCGUUUCUCCUGCCAAUGAUGAAUCAUUGGAUGUUAAGGGGCACAAGUUUAAGGUAUCCAUGGAUGCAGGAUUCAAUAAUUCUCCCACCAAUGAUGAAUCCUCGGAUGUUAAGGUAUCCAUGGAUGCGGGAUUCAAUUCUGCUGCCAAUGAUGAAUCCUCGGAUGUUAAGGUAUCCAUGGACGACGAUCCCACUGCUCGUGAGGAAACAACGAACGAAAACGCCAAACUUUGCCACACAAAUGAAGAUGUUAGCUCUGCCAAUGAUGGCUCGUUGGAUUUAAAGGAACACGAAUUUAAAGCAUCAAUGGACAAUGUCAUUCCAUAUGAAGAAGUAUUUGCAGCAAUGCUAGAAGGCGCCAAAGGUAUGCCCGAGAAGCAAAAUUGUAACGAAAACGAAGAUCUCAAACCCGUGCCUGAGAAGCAAAAUUGUAACGAAAACGAAGCUCUCAAACCCGUGCCUGAGAAGCAAAAUUGUAAUGAAAACGAGGAUCUCAAGGCUGUACCCAAGAACCAACUCUUGGUUGAUUUGCUCCACGAGGAUGAACCAAAAGACAAGGCAUCCUCGGCAGAAGUUGCCAAUGCUGGUGCAGUUGCAGCAAUCGAUUUGCAGCAAACGCCUUCCGAGUGGCCAGAGGAAUUCGAGAGGCAGAGAAGCAAGAUCAUCGAGCUCUGGGAUGCAUGCCAUGUGCCAUUAGUCCACAGAACAUAUUUCUUCCUUCUCUUCAAAGGAGAUCCAUCAGACGCGGUUUACAUGGAGGUGGAGUUCAGACGAUUAUGUUUCCUCAAGAACUCGUGGUCUCGGGGAGAAAGAGUGGUAAAAGACGGCCAAGUUUUAACCGAGGCUGCAAGCGUAAAAGCUCUUAAGCGCGAGAGGGACAUGUUGUGCAAGCAGAUGGUGAGGACAUUCUCUGCAAGCGAGAGGAACGACAUGUUUCAGCAAUGGGGGAUCGGGCUAAGCUCGAAGCAAAGGAGGCUGCAGCUGUGCAAUAGGCUGUGGAAGAACACGAAAGACAUGGAGCAUCUGAAGAAAAGUGCAGCGCUCGUUGCAAAACUAGUCGGGAUCAUAGAGCCAAACGCGGCAUCAAAGGAGAUGUUUGGACUCAGCUUUGCUCCCCAGCCUAUGAACUUCAGAUCCUUCAGCUGGGCACCAAGAAUGCCUUUCAUAAUCUAAGGCUAGUUUGGCACAAAACAAUAAUGGCCAUGGUUUUCCAUCACUUCUUUCUUUGCAUCCUAGCCAUUGCUGAGUAUAU